GGCGGUUGCCUAGGCGACGUAGAGAGGAGGAGGAGAAGAGGAAGGAGGCGGAGAAAGGAUGGGCGGCCUUGGGGAAACCGCAGGGAGGUGACUGGAGCGAGCCCAGCCCCUUGCAUCCUUCCCCUAUAUACCUACCUCCCCUUUUUUUCCGCCUUCUGCCAACUGCUGUGGCAGCCGCAGCACCUGAGCCGCUGCUGCCGCUCGCUCAGGACAGAUAUGGUUGAGACAGGGCGCAGCCUCCACCCCUCUGUCAAAGGCAGAGGAAGAAGUGAACGGAGCGUACCCCAGCUUCUUCGGCUGCUGCUCUGGGCUGGGACCGCCUUCCAGGUGACCCAGGGAACCGGACAGGAGCUUCAUGCCUGCAAAGAGUCUGAAUACCACUAUGAGUACACGGCGUGUGACAGCACAGGUUCCAGGUGGAGGGUCGCCGUGCCGCAUACCCCGGGCCUGUGCACCAGCCUCCCUGACCCCGUCAAGGGCACCGAGUGCUCCUUCUCUUGCAACGCUGGGGAGUUUCUGGAUAUGAAGGACCAGUCGUGUAAGCCUUGCGCUGAGGGCCGCUACUCCCUGGGCACCGGCAUCCGGUUCGAUGAGUGGGAUGAGCUGCCGCAUGGUUUUGCCAACCUUGCAGCCAACAUGGAGAUGGAAGACGGUGUGACGGAGACAUCAGGGAACUGCACUUCGUCCAAGUGGGUUCCUCGGGGUGACUACAUCGCCUCCAACACCGACGAGUGCACGGCCACGCUGAUGUAUGCUGUCAACCUGAAGCAGUCGGGCACGGUCAACUUUGAGUACUACUAUCCAGACAGCAGCAUCAUCUUUGAGUUUUUUGUGCAGAAUGACCAGUGCCAGCCCAAUGUGGACGAUUCCAGGUGGAUCAAAACCACAGAGAAAGGAUGGGAAAUCCACAGUGUGGAGCUAAAUCGAGGCAAUAAUGUCCUGUUUUGGAGAACCACAGCCUUCUCUUUGUGGUCCAAAGCACCAAAACCAGUGCUGGUGAGAAACAUCGCAAUAACAGGGGUGGCCUACACUUCAGAAUGCUUCCCUUGCAAGCCUGGCACGUAUGCAGCCAAGCAGGGCUCCUCUUUCUGCAAACUUUGCCCAGCGAACGCCUACUCCAAUAAAGGAGAAACGUCCUGCCACCAGUGCGACGGGGACAAAUACUCAGAAAAAGGAUCCUCCAGCUGUAAACUGCGCCCAGCCUGCACAGACAAAGACUAUUUCUACACACACACAGCCUGUGAUGCCAACGGAGAGACACAACUCAUGUACAAAUGGGCUGAGCCAAAAAUCUGCAGUGAGGAUCUUGAGGGGGCAGUGAAGCUGCCUGCCUCUGGCGUGAAGACCCUUUGCCCACCCUGCAACCCAGGCUUCUUCAAGACCAACAACAGCACCUGCGAGCCCUGCCCCUACGGCUCUUACUCCAACGGCUCUGAUUGUACCCACUGCCCAGCUGGAACUGAACCUGCCCUCGGAUUUGAAUACAAAUGGUGGAACACACUGCCCACGAAUAUGGAGACCACCGUUCUCAGUGGGAUCAACUUUGAGUAUAAGGGCAUGACAGGCUGGGAGGUGGCUGGUGAUUACAUUUACACCGCUGUUGGAGCCUCAGAUACUGACUUCAUGAUUCUUACCUUGAUUGUGCCGGGAUUUAGGCCACCACAGUCUGUGAUGGAAGACACUGAGAAUAAAGAGGUGGCCAGGAUCACAUUUGUCUUUGAGACUGUCUGCUCUGUGAACUGCGAGCUCUACUUCAUGGUGGGCAUGAAUUCCAGGACCAACACUCCCGUGGAAACAUGGAAAGGCUCCAAAGGCAAACAAUCCUACACCUACAUCAUUGAGAAGAACGCGACCAUGAGCUUCACUUGGGCUUUCCAGAGGACCACUUUCCAUGAGACAGGCAGAAAGUACACCAAUGACAUUGCCAAGCUCUACUCCAUCAACGUCACCAAUGCCAUGGAUGGGGUGGCCUCCUACUGCCGUCCCUGUGCCCUGGAAGCUUCUGACAUGGGCUCCUCCUGCACCUCUUGUCCUGCUGGCUACUACAUUGACCGAGACUCAGGAGCCUGCCACUCUUGCCCCUCUAACACAAUCCUGAAAGCCCACCAACCUUAUGGCAUCCAGGCCUGCAUGCCCUGCGGUCCAGGGACCAAGAGCAACAAGAUCCACUCUCUCUGCUACAACGACUGCUCUCUCUCGGUCAGCAACUCCGCCAGGACUUUAAACUACAACUUCUCAGCUAUGGCAAGCCCUGUUUCUCUAGCUGGAGGGCCAAGCUUCACUUCCAAAGGGUUAAAAUACUUUCAUCACUUCACCCUCAGCCUCUGCGGAAACCAGGGUAAAAAAAUGUCCAUUUGCACUGACAAUGUCACUGACCUUCGGAUUCCUGAGGGUGAGUCAGAUUUCUCCAAAUCCAUCACAGCCUAUGCCUGCCAGGUGGUCAUCAUCCCCCCAGAGGUGACAGGCUACAAGGCAGGGGUGUCCUCGCAGCCUGUCAGCCUUGCUGACCGACUCAUUGGGGUGACAACAGAUAUGACUCUGGAUGGAAUCACCUCCCCAGCUGAACUUUUUCCCCCGGAGUCCUUGGGAAUACCGGACGUGAUCUUCUUUUAUAGGUCCAAUGAUGUGACCCAGUCCUGUAGUUCUGGGAGAUCAACCACCAUCCGUGUCAGAUGCAAUCCACUGAAAACUGUCCCUGGAAGUCUGUCACUGCCAAACACGUGCUCGGAUGGGACCUGUGAUGGAUGUAACUUCCACUUCCUGUGGGAGAGUGCAGCAGCUUGUCCCCUCUGCUCUACCACUGACUACCAUGCCAUCGUCAGCAGCUGUGUGGCUGGGAUCCAGAAGACCACGUACGUGUGGCGAGAACCGAAGCUGUGCUCGGGCGGCAUCUCCCUGCCUGAGCAGAGAGUCACCAUCUGCAAAACAAUCGACUUCUGGCUGAAAGUGGGCAUCUCUGCCGGCACCUGUACUGCCAUCCUGCUCACUGUCCUCACCUGCUACUUCUGGAAAAAGAAUCAAAAACUAGAGUACAAAUACUCCAAGCUGGUGAUGAAUGCUACCCUCAAGGACUGUGACCUGCCAGCGGCUGACAGCUGUGCCAUCAUGGAAGGCGAGGACGUAGAGGAUGACCUCAUCUUUACCAGCAAGAAGUCACUCUUUGGGAAAAUCAAAUCAUUUACCUCCAAGAGGACUCCUGAUGGGUUUGACUCGGUGCCACUGAAGACAUCAUCAGGAGGCCCAGACAUGGACCUGUGAGAGGCCCUGCCCUGCCUCGCCUGCCUUGUUACUUGGCACAUCACCUUGCAAACCUGUGGCGAUUUGGGUGUUAGCCUUCUGCAACAUCCACUGCUGGAGAUUUCUUCAUUGUGGCCUUAUCUGGAGAAGUUUGAAUCUCAGAUCUUUGAGUUU